AUGUACGAACAGUUUGAAUUUUCUUUUUUUUUCUUCGAAAAUUCAGACAAUAAGGUUAAAUAUAAAGCUCAUCUCAUCUCAUCGAUAAAACGCUGGAGUAUUAUCACAUGCAUGCGUUGCUUUUGGACCGUACAGAAGUCUAUAUUUAAAGCUAGGUUUUUCGCUUGCAGAAACUUUGUCAAGAAGCAUAAUUAUAAACUAAUCAGCACCAUGACUGGAAGUACUGAAAUGGUACCACCAACAAUGAAACAUACCGUUGACAACAAAAGGCUUUCGUCUCCUUUGACAGAUUCUGGUAACCGCCGGACUAAGAAGCCAAAGUUGAGAAAGUACAAGGCCAAAAAGGUUGAAACAACUUCUCCGAUGGGUGUCCUAGAAUUUGAAGUGAACGAUUUGUUAAAAUCUCAAAAUUUGUCCAGGGAGCAGGUUCUGAACGAUGUUACUUCAAUUCUAAAUGAUAAGUCCUCAACAGAUGGACCUAUCGUCUUACAAUAUCACCGAGAGGUAAAAAAUGUCAAGGUCUUAGAAAUUACUUCCAAUGGCAACGGGUUGGCUUUGAUCGAUAAUCCUGUUGAAACAGAAAAGAAGCAAGUUGUUAUCAUACCGUUUGGCCUGCCCGGUGAUGUAGUUAAUAUCAAAGUCUUUAAGACCCACCCUUACUAUGUCGAGAGUGAUUUAUUAGACGUAGUGGAAAAAUCUCCAAUGAGAAGAGAUGAUUUAAUUAGGGAUAAAUAUUUCGGGAAAUCUUCAGGAAGUCAAUUAGAGUUCUUAACUUACGAUGACCAACUAGAAUUGAAAAGAAAAACAAUUAUGAAUGCCUACAAGUUCUUCGCACCAAGGUUAGUUGCUGAAAAACUUUUACCCCCAUUUGACACCACCGUAGCUUCCCCUUUACAAUUUGGCUACAGGACCAAAAUUACGCCUCAUUUCGAUAUGCCAAAAAGAAAACAAAAGGAACUAUCAGUAAGGCCUCCUUUAGGAUUUGGUCAAAAGGGUAGACCUCAAUGGAGAAAAGAUACUUUGGAUAUCGGCGGACAUGGUUCGAUAUUAGAUAUCGAUGAAUGUGUGCUUGCAACUGAAGUUCUCAACAAAGGAUUGACUAAUGAAAGAAGAAAGUUUGAGCAAGAGUUUAAAAACUACAAAAAAGGCGCGACUAUUUUACUGAGAGAGAAUACCACUAUUUUAGACCCUUCCAAACCAACUUUAGAACAGUUAACCGAAGAAGCCUCUAGGGAUGAAAAUGGUGAUAUAAGUUAUGUCGAAGUCGAAGACAAAAAGAACAAUGUCAGGCUGGCUAAAACUUGCGUUACCAAUCCUAGACAAAUUGUCACUGAAUAUGUUGAUGGAUAUACUUUUAAUUUUAGUGCGGGUGAGUUUUUUCAAAAUAAUAACUCUAUCCUGCCAAUAGUGACCAAGUAUGUCCGUGAUAACUUGCAAGCUCCCGCUAAAGGUGAUGAUAAUAAAACAAAGUUUCUAGUAGAUGCUUAUUGUGGAUCAGGUCUUUUCAGUAUAUGCAGCUCCAAGGGCGUAGAUAAAGUGAUUGGUGUAGAAAUUUCCGCUGACAGUGUCUCUUUUGCAGAAAAAAAUGCAAAGGCAAAUGGUGUUGAAAACUGUAGAUUCAUCGUUGGAAAGGCUGAGAAACUCUUUGAGUCUAUUGAUACUCCAAGUGAAAACACUUCCGUUAUCUUGGAUCCACCACGCAAGGGCUGUGACGAAUUAUUCCUAAAGCAAUUAGCCGCAUAUAAUCCAGCCAAGAUUAUUUACAUAUCGUGUAAUGUCCAUUCCCAGGCACGUGAUGUCGAGUACUUCCUCAAAGAAACAGAAAACGGUUCCGCCCACCAGAUUGAAAGCAUAAGAGGAUUUGAUUUCUUUCCACAAACGCACCACGUUGAGAGUGUGUGUAUAAUGAAGAGAAUCUAA